GGACCCCCCGUGUCGCUCAGCACCCGCCUCACCUCGUCCCUCCGGCCUGCCCUGGCAGCUCUGUGCCAGGCAGCCCCCCGGCAGCACCGGGGGCUCAGCACCCCCCCGGGACCGGGGCACACACUUGACCUUGAGGGCAUCUUUCCACCCCUUGCCACCCCCUUCUCGCCCACACAGGAGGUGGACUAUGCCCAGCUGGAGAGGAACCUCCACCGCUACGCCAGCAUCCCCUUCCGAGGGCUGGUGGUGCUGGGGUCCAACGGGGAGUACCCCUACCUGGCAGCCCGCGAGCGGCUGGAGGUGGUGAGCUGUGUGCGCCGGGCUCUGCCCAGGGACCGCCUGCUGCUGGCCGGCUCGGGCUGUGAAUCCACCCAGGCCACCAUUGAGCUGACGGUCAGCAUGGCAGAGGCAGGGGCCGACGUGGCACUGGUUGUGACACCCUGCUAUUACCGGGGGGCCAUGACCAGCGCUGCCCUGGUCCAGCACUACACGGAGGUUGCCGAUGCAUCCCCUAUCCCCGUGGUGCUCUACAGCGUCCCUGCCAACACCGGCCUGGACCUGCCCCUGGAGGCUGUCCUCGCCUUGGCUCAGCACCCCAACAUUGUCGGGAUCAAGGACAGCGGUGGGGAUGUGACCCGCAUGGGGCUGAUGGUCCACAAGACGCAGCAGGAGGAUUUCCAGGUGCUGGCAGGAUCGGCUGGCUUCCUGCUGGCAAGCUACGCCCUGGGUGCCUCUGGGGGUGUCUGCGCUCUC